CUCCUCACACAUGUAGUACUCAGAGCUUGACGGAAACCCAGGCGCCUCGACCUCAAGAGGAUCAGCCUGGCCAGGGUGGCACAACUCUUCCUUCCCUGUGCACAGCAGGAAGGCUGCCAUCAGCUGAGCAAGUCCACCAGCAGUUUCUGUGUCACGCUUCAUCUUUAAUAAGGACACCAUCUUCUUUUAUAUACAAGAAAGGAGUGUCACACACAGGGGAAAAAAUGCUCUUUUGGGUAUUAGGCCUCCUAAUCCUCUGUGUUUUUCUGUGGACUUGUAAAGGAAACCUAAAGAUUGCAGACAUCACUGAUAAGUACAUUUUUAUCACUGGAUGUGACUCGGGCUUUGGAAAUUUGGCAGCCAAAACUUUUGAUAAAAAGGGAUUUCAUGUAAUCGCUGCCUGUCUGACUGAAUCAGGAUCAACAGCUUUAAAGGCAGAAACCUCAGACAGACUUCAUACCGUGCUUCUGGAUGUGACCAACCCAGAGAAUGUCAAGAGGACUGCCCAGUGGGUGAAGGACAAAGUCGGGGAAAAAGGUCUCUGGGGUCUGAUCAAUAAUGCUGGUGUUCCUGGUGUGCUGGCUCCCACUGACUGGCUGACACUAGAAGACUACAGAGAACCUGUUGAAGUGAACCUGUUUGGACUCAUCAGUGUGACACUAAAUAUGCUUCCCUUGGUCAAGAAAGCUCAAGGGAGAGUUAUUAAUGUCUCCAGCGUUGGAGGUCGCCUUGCAAUAGUUGGAGGGGGCUAUACGCCAUCCAAAUAUGCAGUGGAAGGUUUCAAUGACAGCUUAAGACGGGACAUGAAAGCUUUUGGUGUGCACGUCUCAUGCAUUGAACCAGGAUUAUUCAAAACAAACUUGGCAGAUCCAGUAAAGACACUUGAAAAAAAACUCGCCAUUUGGGAGCAACUGUCUCCAGACAUCAAACGACAAUAUGGAGAAGGUUACAUUGAAAAAAGCCUAGACAAACUGAAGGGCAAUACAUCCUUUGUGAACAUGGACCUCUCUCUGGUGGUAGAGUGCAUGGACCACGCUCUAACAAGUCUUUUCCCUAAGACUCACUAUGCUGCUGGAAAAGAUGCCAAAAUUUUCUGGAUACCUCUGUCUCACAUGCCAGCAGUCUUGCAAGACUUUUUAUUGUUGAAACAGAAAGCAGAGCUGGCUAAUCCCAAGGCAGUGUGAUUCAGCUGAGGACAAAUGCCUGCUCCAGGCUAUGAGAUUGGCUGAUUUCAAGAGCACAUCUCCUUUUCUCCCUACCUGCUCCAACCUGGACUCGUUUAGAUUGUGCUUGUUUGGAUUACAAAAUGGACUCCCGCCAUUGCUGGUGGUGUCCCAGAGUCCCUGCUCAAGUUUUCUCUGAAAAGAAGAACUGGAAUAGUACAUCACAUAGGCAAGUCCUGCCCUGUAUUUAGGCUUUGCCUGCUUGGUAUGACAUAAGGGAAAUGGAAAGACUUGCCCAUUCAAAAUGAUCUUCAUCAUGGCCUGCCCCGUGCUUAUGGUCCCAGCAUUUAGAGUAACUUGUGGAUGUUGAAUAUCAUCUCUUAUCUAAAUAUUAAAGAUGAGUCAAACAUU